CCCGGGGCACCUCGUUGUACAAAUAUGGCCAACCUGCCGCCCGGGGACCCCAAGCUGGUAUCGCUGAUCGUCAAUCACCUGAAGAGCCAGGGCCUGUUCGAUCAGUUCCGCCGGGACUGUCUGGCUGAUGUGGACACCAAGCCUGCAUACCAAAAUUUGAGACAACGAGUUGACAACUUUGUAUCUAACCACUUGGCGAAUCACACCUGGAGCCCCCAUCUGAACAAGAAUCAGCUAAGGAAUAACAUCAGGCAGCAGGUGCUCAAAUCUGGAAUGCUCGAAGCAGGUAUUGACCGCAUCAUAUCCCAGGUGGUGGAUCCAAAAAUAAACCACACAUUUAGA